AUGCGACUGCGAGCGCCGAGUCCCGGUCUCAACAAUUCGCUAAAACGUGCGUCUCUGCGGGAAGCGUAUCAUGAGAUUUGUAGUCAAUUUGCAGGUGACGUUGAAAGAAAGGAAAGUGCUCAUCUGAUUGAGCAUCUCGGAAAGUCUCUCGAGGAUGUUGAUCGCUCCUACCAGAGUGUGGGUGCAGGAGGAAAGGAGCUCGCAGCUGACGCAGACUCGUUGUUGUCAAUGGCCAACGUUCUCCUUGAAGCCCAAAAUGAAGUCAUUUUUUUUUUCCCCCGAAAGUUUUUUUUCCCCACGACUCGGAACGGAUAG